GAGCGUGAACGUUGUAAGUUGAAAAGAUUGGUGCAGCAUCCGAAUUCGUUUUUUAUGGAUGUGAAAUGCCCGGGCUGCUACAAAAUCACAACAGUCUUCAGUCAUGCACAAUCAGUGGUAGUCUGUGUGGGCUGUAAUACGGUUCUGUGCCAACCAACCGGCGGAAAGGCUCAUCUGACCGAGGGAUGCUCAUUCCGGAAGAAGCAGCAUUGA